AUGAUACAUUUCGAUGAACGUCGGUCUUUUCAUUCGACUCGACGGUGAGUGGGACCCGCCUUAAACUCACCGGAUGGGUUGGCAGGUCGACGCGAUGGUUGAAGUGCAAUUCGGUUCUCGUAGACAUGAUAAGUUCCAGACCGGCCGAAGAAGAGCCGAUGUGGCGGAGCGGGUGGGGAGGGGGAUCAGGGAAGCCGAAGAAGGCGAAUCGGAAGAAGGAGACUGGGACGCCUUCUGUGAAGACGUCGACAGUCGCGGUGCCGAAGACGCAUCGGAUCGACGUCGUUCCCGAGUAUAAAUCGGGUCUCUACAGAAAUAUUUAUUGGGUUAACUUACACUGAUUUCCGUGAUAUUUCGUUUGUUUUCAGAUGCACCCGAACUUGGCGAUUACGAGAGAGUCGAGAGGACAAGAGGAGUUUGUGGGCGAAUACAUUUACUACCAGGCGGUCAACGCCAACGUCAUCGUUAAUUUCUUUCCGGCUUUGGAGUACUGCGUGAGUGUUUCUCUUCUGAUUCUCAGAUCUCAAUGGGACGUUCUAGGAUCCCACGAAGCUGAGAUUCGCGCACACGGCGCACACUCCUCCCGCCUGCCGAGCUCCCGCCAAGGUUCGGAAGCGUUUGUUUCUCGUACUCACACUUCUAGUUUUCAGUCGUCGGAGGAAUAUUUGCGCAAAAACAUGGAAACUCUCAUCAAGAAGAUCGACAUUCUGGCGUUCCAACAACAAAUUCUCGAAUCGAGGCCCACCGACAACUGA